AUGGCAGGGGAAGGGCUUGUGCCUGCUUGCAGUCGCCACAGGAGGCUGGUGGAGAGAGAAGCUCCUCUGAAGUGCUGAGCAGCCAUGGAGAAGAUGCAGCAGAUCGUGGGCCGGGCCAGGGCCGCCUUCAGGUCGGGCCGGAGCCGCCCGCUGGAGUUCAGGAUUCAGCAGCUGAAGGCUCUGGAGAGGAUGGUGCAGGAGAAGGAGAAGGAGAUCAUGAGAGCCCUCAAGGCCGAUCUGAACAAGAGUGGGCCCAACGCCUUCACCCAAGAGAUCCUGGGCGUGCUGGGGGAGCUGGCCCUCACCAUGGAGAAGCUGCCAUCCUGGGCAGCCCCUCAUCACGUCAAAAAGGACCUGCUGACCAUGAGGGACGAGGCCUACAUCGGCUACGAGCCCCUGGGCGUGGUGCUGGUCAUUGGGGCCUGGAACUACCCCUUUGCCCUGGUCGUGCUGCCCCUGAUCGGGGCCAUCGCUGCAGGCAAUGCUGUGGUGGUGAAGCCGUCAGAGGUCAGUGAGAACACGGCUCGGCUGGUGGCUGAGCUGCUCCCACAGUACCUGGACAAGGAUCUGUAUGCUGUGGUCACUGGAGGAGUUCCUGAGACAACCGAGCUGCUGACCCAGAGAUUUGAUCACAUCCUCUACACUGGCAACUCUGCUGUGGGCAGAAUUGUGAUGGCAGCAGCUGCCAAGCACCUGACCCCUGUCACCCUGGAGCUGGGAGGGAAGAGCCCCUGCUACAUCGACAGGGACUGUGACCUGGCUGUCGCCUGCAGGAGGAUAACGUGGGGCAAGUACAUGAACUGUGGGCAGACGUGCAUUGCCCCAGACUACAUCCUGUGUGACCCAUCCAUCCAGAGCAAGGUGGUGGAGAACAUCAAGGCCAGUCUGAAGGAAUUCUAUGGGGAGGACGUGAAGUCAUCUCCAGACUAUGAAAGGAUCGUCAACCAGCGUCACUUCAAGAGGAUCCUGGGCUUGAUGGAAGGGCAGAAAAUUGCUUUUGGGGGAGAGACUGAUGAGGCCUCCUGCUUCAUAGCUCCAACCAUCCUCACGGAUGUUUCCCCGGACUCAAAGGUGAUGGAGGAGGAAAUCUUUGGGCCAGUGCUGCCCAUUGUGACUGUGAAGAGCGUGGAGGAAGCCAUUGAGUUCAUGAACCUUCGAGAGAAGCCUCUUGCCCUGUAUGUCUUCUCCAACAACAAGCAGCUGAUCAGACGGGUGAUAGCAGAGACCUCCAGCGGUGGCAUGACAGCCAACGAUGUCAUCAUGCACUCCGUGCUCCCAGAGCUGCCCUUCGGCGGUGUGGGGCACAGCGGGAUGGGCGCCUACCACGGCAGGUUCAGCUUCGAGACCUUCUCCCACCGCCGCUCCUGCCUGCUCAAGGACUUCAGGUGGGAGGUUAUGAACAGGCUGAGGUACCCACCUGGCAGUGAGGAGCUGAUGCAAUUGGCCAAGCUCUUCCUGCUGAGGCAGUGUAAGAGGAGCAGGGUGGGACACUUCAUCUCGGCCCUGCUGGCGGCUGUGAAAGCCGUGGUGGCAAAGGUGUUGUGCCCCCAUUGA